UAAUAAUAAUAAUAAUGAUGAAUAACACCGAGUCUCUUUCUCUCCCGCAGACCUUCGGCUAUGAGGAGAUGGUCCAACCCAGCUCCCUCUUGGGCACUGACCUCCGUGCCCCAGCUGGCACCUCCCCCAACUCCCAAAGGCCGGCUCGGUCAUGGCACGAUUUCCCCAGGCACACGGAGGCCGAUAAAAUCCAGAUACCCAAGAUACACACCGAAGACGACAAGAUCCACAUUCCCAAGACAUUCAGCCAAUACGGUUUUAAAUACCACCUCGAAACGCCGAUUUCCACGUCACAACGGAGAGAAGAUGAUCGUAUAACGUACAUCAACAAGGGACAGUUCUAUGGCAUCGCGAUGGAAUACAUACCAGACCCGGAGAAGCCACUCAAGUCAGGCACGGUGAAGAGCGUAGUGAUGCUGAUGUUCCGAGAGGAGAAGACGCCUGAAGAUGAGAUCAAAGCCUGGCAGUUUUGGCACAGUCGACAACACUCAGUCAAGCAGAGAAUCUUAGAUGUUGACACAAAGAACAGCCUAGGGCUCGUCGGAUGCAUAGAAGAGAUCUCCCACAACGCCAUCGUUGUGUACUGGAACCCCCUCGAGACCGGAGCAAAGAUUAGUGUCGCUAUUCAGUGUCUAAGCACGGACUUCAGUAGCCAAAAAGGCGUCAAGGGUCCACCGCUGCACAUACAGGUGGACACGUAUGCUGUGCUCUCUCCCUCUCAACCAACUCACCACUACCAUGCUCUACAUAACCAGGGCCUGCCACUCCACAUCCAGGUGGACACGUACGAGGACCCCCGAGAUGCGGCCACCCUUGUACACCGAGGCUACUGCCAGAUCAAGGUUUUCUGCGACAAGGGCGCCGAGAGGAAGACGCGGGACGAGGAGAGGCGAGCAGCCAAGAGAAGAAUGGCCGCCACGACCCGAAAGAAAUACGAGGACCUCUACCACCAGCCUUGCGAGCGGUCCGAGUUCUACUCCAUGUCGGAUCUCACCAAGCCGCCCGUGCUCUUCACGCCCGCGGAGGACAUCGAUAAGGUGUUGUGUCGUUUUGGUUUGAUCUGUUUGUCUGUUUGUUUGAUUUUUUUUUUUUUUUUUUUCGGAUUAUGUAGUCUUGCUACGGAGCCUAAGCCCUCACCUGCCACCACCUCGAAGACCUCUGGCACUGUGUUCUUGCCGAAUAUGGGCUUAGAAGAGAAAAUAACGGGGUCGUUAGAGAGAGAAUUAUCGAGCCCCAAGCAUUGUACUGAUCUUGAGAUGAGAAUAACAUAUGUCAGUCCAAAACGACUCGGAAGUGCAGUGACCCGGGAGUGUGAGACGCCCAGGGGUCACCACGUGUUCCCCACAACCCCAGGACGCUGCAUGUCCCCUCCGCACAGCCUCGACCCCCCGCCCCCUCCUCCUCCCCUGCCUCCCCCUCCUCCCCCAACCUCAAAUAUCCUAUCCACCACCACUACUAUCACCCAGUUAGCGCCCCUACAGGUCCCCCCACCCAGCGCCGUCUCGCCAAAAGCCAACAGCAGUAGCUACAAGUUCCACUACAGCUUCCCACAACCCUAUGGAGACGGGCGAAAGGAGCUGACAGCCGCCCUUCCCAACGGAUCUCUGGACAGCCCAAUGGCCGACGUCUUCUCCCACGUCUCCAAGAGGUCUAGACUCACGCCUCCUCUCACGGAGCGACUCAUGUUGUACGUAAAGCAGGACGGAGAGGAAUACUACACUCCCCUUCAUCUCGUGCCGCCCUCGACGGUGGGACUCCUGUCGGCGAUCGAGGAAAAGUACAAAAUCCCCAUGCAGAGUAUCAAAAAUGUGUACCGGAAAAAUAAAGUCGGCGUGAUGGCCAAAGUGGACGACGAGAUGCUGCGUCACUACUGCAACGAGGACAUCUUCCAAAUGGAGGUUCAACACCGCGACGCCGAGAGUUACGAUCUCACCCUCACCGAGCUAACGCAGGUGGAUCACUGAGGCUCGCGCGCCAGCCUCUGUCUCCCCCCCUCCCCCUCCCUCCCCCCUCUCUCUCUUUCUCCCUCUCUCUCCCUCACCCCCACUCCAACCCCAAGUUCCCUUCCCCUCCUCCCCCCUCACUGUCAUUCGCGAGCGAUACGUAUAAAGUGCACCAUCCUCUCUGCCUCCUUGACAAUGGCAGCAUCUUCGUCGCGGGAUUGAAAUGGAAAAGGGAGAAAAGGAGGAAGGAAGGAAGGAAGGAAGAUAGGAAAGAAGAAAGGAAG